AUGUGCAUUCAUUGGAACAAGGUUGUUGCGAAACGCGUAACCUACCAGCAGCCAGGCAACGGCGUGGACCGCUGGAUACACGGAAAUGCCCAAUGCCGUGCCUGCACGGGGUUCGACCAACAGCAAGUGGAUUAUGGUUGCCUAGAUCAAGACGUCCGCGACGAUGCUUGCAGGUGUGACGACGACCACGCUGAGUAUUUGUUCCAGAAUGGUGCUGUCGUACACUACUACUUCGCUGGUACUGAUCCAAAGAAGAGCAUCAAGGAUGCAUUGCUUCCACAUGGAAACGUGUCCCUGUCUCACUACGAUGCGGUGUUUGCCAACGACGGCAAUUGGCCGAAAAUGGCUGUAGACGAUGUUUGUGAAGCGGCAUUUGAGCUACAAGCACUUUCGGUGCCGUUCCUCUGGCUAAGUACGUAUGAUGGGCACGGUAGUGUCGAUUUGUGGAAUGAUGCGCAGAAGGAAAAGUUUUCUCAGUCCGGCGCCCGAUUUGUAAAUGUGGGCCAUAUGCUGUUUGGGCUGUCGAAUUUCACGAAGGGAGCAGUUGAAGAUCGUGUUGAUCCUCACUUUUGCCUGCCAGGCCCUCCGGAUGAGUUGGGUUUCCUCUUGUUGAAGAUAAUUUGGGCACUUUAUCAAGAGCGAGGAGCAGCAGCGUAA